GAUGAUGACAAUUUUAAUUAUGAUAUGGACCACCAAUCAACUAAAGAAACUGAAGUAACAGAAGAUUUAGAAGAAGCUAGUGAUGCUGUAAAAUCAAUAGUACUUGAAAACCACGAAGAAAAUGAGAUAACAAUUCAUGGUGAUCAAAGAGUUUGGGUGAAACCUUCAGAUGAAUUGUUUACAGAUCAAAUCAAAGAAGAAAUAUCCGAAUGCGAGUACCAAACCAUAAUAGAUGUUAAGGAUGAAAUAGAAGAAAUAGAAGAAGAAGAAAUCAAAAUACAACCACCAAUAGUAUGUGAGCCAAUUCAACCACCUCCACCACCACCACCAGCAAUUGACAUUCAAGUAAAAAAAAAUGCUUUACCAAAACUUAAUUUCAAAACAGUGAAAAAGCCUAGAGGACGAAUGGGUCGUAGACCUAGACCUAUACUGCCCAUGACCCAACCCAUAGCUUCAGCAAGUACUUCACAUUUGGAGCAAGCUCAACAUCAGAUUAUUAUGCCUUCUCCUCAAAUGCCUGGGAUUGCUUAUCAAAUUUUUCUGGGCGAUCAUGGUAAAAACUCAAACAACCCUGUUCAGUAUACAAUGUUACAGCCACGACCAGUGUUUUUACAACAAACUUCGACACCUGUUACCACUCCAUCAUCAGUGAUGAUUAGCCAACCUUAUCCAGUGACUCGGUCACAGGUUUCAACUCCUAAAAUUCCCAAAAUCGCUCCCAAAAGCUCUAUGGUCAGUCAAACUUAUUGUUCAUUUUGUUAUAAACUUUUUAAGAAUGUAAAGGAACAUGUUAAAGAGUGUUGGGCAAAUCCAGCUAGUAAAAGCUAUAAGUUCAGAAAAAUUGCACCGUCUACUCCUUUAUGAACAAUUUUUUUUAAAUGAUGUGUAAUAAUAGUUUUAAUAGUUUUUUUUUUAUUUUACAAUUUAUUAAUUACUGUAUCUAUAUAGACAUUUAAACAAAUUUAAAAUCUGUAUAAAUAUUUUUAAAAUUAUAUUAUUGAAUUAUCAUUAACAAUUUUCAUUGGUACAUGUAUAUUUGUACACAUUAGAAAUAGGUAGUUAAUUCUUUUGUGAUUUAUCUAAUAACAUUAAUUAAUUAAUUAAAUAUAUAUUUUAUAAAUUAAUAUUAUUAAAUAAAAUUUGACAUGACUCUCUGUUCAAAAUUAAUAUUAAUGACAAUAUAUUCUGAAAAUCUUA